AUGCUGAGGCCGGAAGAAAUGCGCUCCUUCCAUGAUCAUGCUACUCAAAUGUUGGAAACAAGGCUGAAUUUGAUGGAUGAAAUCAGCGGUCAGUCUGAGUCUCGGCGUCAUCGUUUAUUAACCCUUAGCCACCGUCUGUACGAGCAGUUGCGCCGCCUACAAAAUCCGCGAAAUUGUGAUACAGCACAGUUCAUUACUACUACCUUCCCAGACCGCUGUGGCUUUGGAUGUCAUGCCCAUCACAUGUCCUACGUCCUUUCAGUUGGCCUUGCCCUUAACCGUACGCUUUUUAUUGUCGGCGACCUGUGGAAGGAUAUAUUCCUACCUAUCACUCCCUGCCCAAACCCUCUGCUGGGACCAAAUCUAGCAACAGGACGGAUCAUUAACUGGGGCAUGUCCAGACAUGUUAAGUCUCGUUUCAAUCCGCCCACUUUGCCUCCGGAGUGGGCUUCUGCACUUGAGGGUCUCCACGGGGACCCCUUUGCAUGGUUCCGAGGUCAGCUUCUGGCCUUCAUACUCCGUCUCAAAGACGAGGCGUUCAAGUGGCGUCUGGAGGCCGAAAUUAGGGACAUACGGAGUCAAAUGCCGUCCGGAUACUUCACCUGCCCUGUUGCCGGUAUUCACGUGCGUCGUACGGAUAAAAUUCAAUUGAAGGAAGCUGAAUUCCACAAUCUGUCUGAGUACAUGCCUUCGGUGGAGCGCUUUUUCCAACGAAAACUGAUGGAGUAUCAGUUGAAGACAGGAAGUAAUGUGUCGCCUCCCUGGUCUAAAUGGAAGAGGGUGUUUCUGGCCUCCGAUGAUCCAUCCGUCUUUGAGGAGGCCAGACGGUCAUAUGCAGACUACGAGUUCAUCGGUGAUGAAAAACGUGCCACAUCGGCCUUCAAUCAUUCAGUUCGUGCCACACUCGGAAUUUAUACCGAUGUUCGAAUGCUGGCCAGCACUGACUUUCUAUCCUGCACUAUGUCUUCUAAUAUUUGCAGAAUGGCGUAUGAGUACAUGCUGGCUGAUAAUCGGAUGAAUAGUGAUUCAACCUUGCACGCAGAGUCGGUGGACGUAAUGUACUUCAAUGUUGGUGAGCGGAAGCGCUGGUGGCGGGCCCUCGCAGACUACCCUCCACUAAACAUAUCUCGUGAUGAUCGAGUCUCUCCUAUUGAGAACAAAGAGACCUAUUUCCUGAAGGUUCAGCGAAGACAGAAUGGUUUGAAAACUGAACUAAAACUUCCGACGUUUCUUUUUGAAGAAGAAGUCCUUCGUAUCCCAGACCGUGAUUAA